CUUGUUAUUCUUCUCCUCAACCUUCCCUCUCACAUCUGGGUGGUGUCUGCUGGGGACAGCACGGCUGCUAUGGACCGGACUCCGGGCUUCGGUGCGCUGCAGCGUCUGCCGUUCUGAGGAGCAGGACACACAGCUGUGGACAUGGACCUUCUCAAGUGCUGUGUGCUGCACGCCCUGACUCUGCAGCUCCUGGUGGGGUUGUUGGCACGUUGUCAGACUUCUGUCACACCAGAGGGAGAGGAUGAGCUGUUAGGAGAGACAAGCAUCCCGACGGCUCCCCCGCAACUGGACCUGCUCGAAUGCCCGUCCGAGUGCAGCUGUGCUGCAGACGGGUCGGUGGACUGUGCUGGGGUUGAUCUCACAGAAUUCCCGCCGGAGCUGUCGGACAGAACGCGGCGCCUCUCUCUGCAGAAUAACAAGAUCCAAAAAGUGACAGUGGAGCACGUGUCCCACCUGCACCAGCUCGAGACCCUCAACCUCCAAAACAACUGGCUCACCACAGAUGGCCUUGAAGAUGAAGGUUUUGAGAUGCUUGAACAGCUGGCUUAUCUUUACCUAGCAAACAACAAGCUCACGUCAGCUCCAAAGGUCCUGCCGCCCUCGUUGGUUAGUGCUGACUUUGCAGCUAACCAGCUCACAAAGAUUUACCCGUACACUUUUGGUCACAAACCGAGUCUACGGUCUGUGUAUCUCCAUAACAACAAGCUGACGGAUGCAGGACUCCCAUAUGACAUGUUCAACGCUUCUGACAAGCUGGAGGUCCUCACCAUGUCCAGCAACUUUCUCCAUGUGGUCCCCACCAACCUGCCCUCCAGCCUGCACCGCCUUCAUCUAAAGAAUAACAAGUUGGAGAAAAUUCCCCCAGGAGUUUUUGACAACAUGCCGCACCUCCGAGAGCUUUAUCUGCAGAAUAACCUGCUCAGCAAUGAGGGCAUGGACAACGAAACGUUCAGUCGGCUCGGAAGCCUCGAGUGUCUGGAUCUGUCGAAUAACAACUUGACUGUUGUUCCAAAGGGUUUGCCACGCAACCUGGUGCUGCUGCAUCUGGACAAGAACUCCAUUCACAGCAUCCCUGGAGAUGCUCUGGCGUCGGUCCGGAACCUGGAGUAUCUGCUCCUGCACCACAACAAGCUGCGCUCGCGCUCCAUUCACCCCGCUGCCUUUCAGGGUUUGAAGAAGCUCCACACUCUCCACAUGUACAACAACCUGCUGGAGCGCAUUCCCAGAGGCCUGCCUCGACGAGCUAAAACGCUGAUGCUCCUCCACAACUCUAUAUCCGAGAUCGGCCGGAACGACCUGGCGCUUCUCUUCACCCUGACGGAGCUUAACCUCAGCUACAACAAGCUGACGACCCCCAAGAUCCACCGUGAGGCCUUCAGGAAGCUGCGCAUACUGGAAACUUUGGACCUGUCAGGAAACAGGUUACACACGGUGCCGCUGGGUCUUCCUCGCAGUCUGCGCGUCCUCAAGAUCAAGAACAACGAGCUCAGCUCCAUCCCUCAUGGAGCGAUGGCCGGCAUGGAGAAGCUGCAGAAGCUGAUCCUGAGUGAGAACCAGCUGAAGCUGAACUCUGUUUACCAGGGAGCCUGGAUGGAGCUGAGCGCACUCACGACAUUGGACCUCUCUGAUAACCAGCUGACCCACAUCCCUGCUGACCUGCCUGAGUCUCUGGAGUAUCUUUACCUGCAGAAGAACCGCAUCUCCAGCAUUCCUGCUUCAGCCUUCGAAGGAACACCAAAUAUCAGAGGCAUCUUCUUACGCUUCAAUCGACUGUCUGCAGCCUCCUUUGAUGAAGCCUCUUUUGCCCACCUGACGCAACUGCAGGUUUUGGAUGUAGGUCAAGGAAACCCUGACCUCUUUUCUCAAAGGAAGGAAACAGAAGGUGGAGCACUGACACAGGAGGAAGAGGAGGAGGA